UUGGAGCUCUUUACAACCCCAAUAUGUAAGAAGAAACCAAGCUAGCAAGCAAGCAGUGCAGAACCUCCCAUGGGCGAGAGAGACAGAGAACGGGACCGAGAACGAGAACGAGAUCGUGACCGUGAGCGUGACAGAGACAGAGACAGAGAUAGAGACAGAGAUCGAAGACGAGACAAGCAAGAUCGUGACCGUGAUCGCGGCAAAGACCGUGACCGCCGGCAGCGGUCCCGUACCCCUGAACGUAUCCGUUCUCGCCACACUCGUUCACGUACCCGUUCCCCUGAACGCCGUUUGAAUUCUCGUUCUCGCUCCCGCUCCAGCACCCCCUCCCGCUCCGCCGAACGCUCUCGCCGUCACCACCAUCGACGCAGAGGAGAUGAUGACGACAAGGACCGACAAAGAGCCGCAGUCGUGUCAGAGUUUGUGGAUGGCAUUGCGAGAGAGCAGCAGCAGAAGCAGUCGGAAGUUCCAUCCAGUGGUACUGCUGCGGGUGAUGGUAGUGCAGAAGUUGAUUCGGAUGAGAUUGAGUUGAUGAAGAAGUUUGGGAUUCCGAUUGGGUUCGAUUCGACGAAAGGGAAGCCCGUGGCUGGUGCUGAUGUUAGUGGUAUUAGGGCUGUGACGAAGAGGCAGCCCAGGCAGUAUAUGAAUCGGAGAGGAGGGUUUAAUCGGCCCCUGCCACCGGAGCGUAAUCGGUAGAUGGAGGUUUUUGAAGGUAUAAUGUGAACAGAGAGGAGGGAGCAUUUUCAAGGAGCAAAUCUCUGUUGGUGGAAUUGGAAGCUCUGCACUGUAGGCCAACUUGAACAUGAGAUAAACUUGUAUCUUUUGGAUCACUAUGUAAGACUUUUGACUUGUCCCAUCUAUGGAACAUGCUAUUGUGAGUGGUGAUUGGGUCAGGGGGUACGGGGUACCUAGCUAGGUUAACCGGCAAUAUCACAAGAGGGUAAAGAGCAUCAGAGGGAUGCAAUCAUUUUCCUACUUUUUCCAUUUGUAAUCAUACUUUUUAGCUAGCCAUCAUUGUAAUGAGAAUUACUAUGUUUGUGU